UCCUGCAUUUCUAUUCAAAUCAUCGUGCAGAAAGCGAUCUCUUAUCUAAUUCCAAUAUUCCCUCUAUCAGUUUCUCUUUAGCUCAAAUUCUUUUACCCUUUCACCCUAGAAUUGAAGAUGCAGAUCUUUGUGAAAACCUUAACCGGCAAGACCAUUACCCUCGAAGUCGAGAGCUCCGAUACCAUCGAUAACGUCAAGGCGAAGAUCCAGGAUAAGGAAGGAAUUCCUCCGGAUCAGCAGCGUCUCAUCUUCGCCGGAAAGCAGCUCGAGGACGGCAGAACCCUUGCCGAUUACAACAUCCAGAAGGAAUCCACGCUUCACCUCGUCCUCCGUCUUCGCGGUGGGAUGCAGAUUUUUGUGAAAACCCUAACGGGAAAAACGAUCACGCUGGAGGUUGAGAGUUCCGACACGAUAGAUAACGUUAAGGCUAAGAUCCAAGACAAGGAGGGAAUUCCGCCAGAUCAGCAGCGCCUCAUCUUCGCCGGGAAGCAGCUCGAAGACGGCAGAACCUUGGCCGAUUACAACAUCCAGAAGGAGUCCACGCUCCACCUCGUCCUACGUCUGCGAGGUGGGAUGCAGAUCUUCGUGAAAACUCUGACCGGAAAAACGAUCACGCUGGAGGUGGAGAGCUCAGACACCAUAGACAACGUCAAGGCUAAGAUCCAAGACAAGGAGGGAAUUCCGCCGGAUCAGCAGCGCCUCAUCUUCGCCGGGAAGCAGCUCGAAGACGGCAGAACCUUGGCCGAUUACAACAUCCAGAAGGAGUCCACGCUCCACCUCGUCCUCCGUCUGCGAGGCGGGAUGCAGAUCUUUGUAAAAACUCUGACCGGCAAAACAAUCACCCUCGAGGUGGAGAGCUCAGACACCAUAGACAACGUCAAGGCUAAAAUUCAGGACAAGGAAGGGAUACCGCCCGAUCAGCAAAGGUUGAUCUUCGCCGGAAAACAACUGGAGGAUGGUAGAACUCUAGCCGACUACAAUAUUCAAAAGGAAUCGACUCUUCAUUUGGUGCUGCGACUCCGCGGUGGGAUGCAGAUUUUUGUAAAAACCCUGACGGGCAAGACUAUUACCCUGGAAGUUGAGAGCUCUGAUACAAUUGACAAUGUAAAAGCAAAAAUUCAGGACAAAGAAGGAAUUCCACCAGAUCAACAGAGGCUGAUUUUCGCUGGCAAGCAGUUGGAAGAUGGAAGGACUCUGGCCGAUUAUAAUAUUCAGAAGGAGUCGACUUUGCAUUUGGUCCUGAGGCUGCGCGGUGGUAUGCAGAUUUUCGUGAAGACAUUGACAGGAAAAACCAUCACCCUGGAAGUGGAGAGUUCGGACACCAUUGAUAAUGUCAAGGCAAAGAUCCAGGAUAAGGAAGGCAUCCCACCAGACCAGCAGAGACUGAUCUUUGCUGGUAAGCAGCUUGAGGAUGGGAGAACUCUCGCUGAUUAUAACAUUCAGAAGGAGUCGACUCUUCAUCUUGUUCUCCGCCUUCGUGGUGGCAUGCAAAUCUUUGUGAAAACCCUAACUGGCAAAACAAUUACUCUCGAAGUCGAAACCUCAGACACCAUCGACAAUGUUAAGGCCAAGAUCCAGGACAAGGAAGGAAUUCCACCGGAUCAGCAGCGUCUGAUUUUCGCUGGGAAACAGUUGGAGGAUGGCAGAACCCUAGCCGAUUACAAUAUUCAGAAGGAAUCCACACUCCACCUCGUCCUCCGACUCCGCGGCGGAGGUACCAGCUGGAGGAUCCCUUUCGUUGCCAAUCACUUGGUGAAGAAAAUCCAGCAGCUUAAUCAGAAUUCGCGCAAGGAGCUGAUCAAGACAUGGUCCAGGGCUUCGACUAUUGUGCCAGAAAUGGUGGGUCAUCGGAUUGCUGUUUACGACGGGAAGAAGCACGUGCCUUUUCGUAUCUUGGAGAAUAUGGUGGGGCAUAAAUUGGGAGAACUACGACCGAGGCGUCUGCACAAGAAAGAAGUUCAUGCGCGGGGUAAGACUGCAAAGAGUCCGAAGAAGAAAUAACCCUGUGUUGGAGUGGGAGUACUGUUGGUUGCAUUUACUGCUCUUAGGAAGAGAUUUGGUUUUUGUGAAUGCAAUUUGACAUAUUGGCUUUUACUUGGAUGAAUAAAAUUCUGACAUUUGCGCACUUCGGGCUUUGUUCGUUUAUGUGCGUCUUUUUUUUUAUUGAAUAUGGCUGAAGGAUCCUUGAUGGAAUUAGAAUUUCAAAUGUCCUUUAUGCUUUUAUUGUUUGAAUCAAAUCCAUGUUCUACUCU